GUCCUUUUUUGCAGUGCAAGGAGCGACGUUGGUCUGAAAACGAUGUGGCAUCAUGGAGUACAGCAACUACCACUAAUUCCACGACUGCUAAUGACAACAACAAUAACUGCUGCAACUUUUCCGGCUGCAAUGAUCUGCGAAGGGACUGGUCGCUCGAAGCAUGCUCUCCUUUACCCGACCAAAUCUCGAUGGAUUUCUACCCUCUGCAAGACUUGCCCUUGGGCUAUCCCCCCGUACCGGCUGCACCACAGCAAUACACUCCUCCGCUUGCAUCCUCGUGCUCUGCCUCCACCGUUUCAACUUCCGUCACAGGGUCACCUAUCUCCAUCGAUGGCUACUACGAAAGUAACAACACUAACUCUGCCAACCAUCAUCAUCAUCAGCACCAUCAUAAUAGCAACAAUGGAUGUUUUGAUUGCCUGACCCUUCAACAGCCCCCCAUGCAACAUCAACAACAACAACAUGCUUCAUCCACCUCUACACCAUCAAUUACAUCGUCUGCAACUUCAUCUUCUACGGUUGCAGAAGCACUUUUCACAUCUACUUUUGCUUAAAUCAUCACUAUUUU